UAAAAUCAUUUCCUCUCUCAAAGGUCAGAAAAUUAGUAACAGCGAAGCUUGAAAAAUGGAACAAAAUCUUCCAGUGAUUACCGAAAGAGUGUGGAGCAUUGUAAGGGCAGUUCUUUUCAUGAUGAGAAAAGGAUAUCUGUCAAAGAAAAAAUUCAUGCUUGAUCUCAACAUGGUUCUCAAACGUGGCAAAAUCGCCAUUGGCAACCUCAUGUUUCACCACCGCCGCCAAGUCUCCUCCUCCUCCUUCACGGCGGUAUCUAAGGAGGAGGCAAUCCAGGAGUACGAGUUCAGCUGCAGCAACACCCCCAAGCACAUCUUCCCUUUCAACCUCAAGAAGAAGAAGAACAACAGCGUUAACAAUUACUACCACCAGUUCUUCGCCUGCGUCCACGCGCCUCCAACUCACGAAGACGACAACUUGGCCACCAUGAACGCCGUUAAGGCUGUCUUGGAUAUGCUCAACAACAACGACAGCUACAACAACACGGCUUCACCUAUGUUACCGGGGUUCGGACAGACUCCAUUGGCCAGACAACUGAGGAUAACGGACUCUCCGUUUCCGUUAAGGGAUGGCGAUGAAGACAACAGCUACGUAGACAAAGCUGCCGAGGAUUUCAUAAACAGGUUUUACAAGGAUUUGAAGCAGCAAAAUAAGGGACCGUCCGAGUUAUAGAUUGAUGAUUUAUUUUUCUUGUUAGUUUGAUACUAUGUAAAGAGCUGUUUAUGCUCAUCAUGAAAAUUUUGUUGUAACAUCAAUGAGAAUUGAGAAGUACUGUACCUAUAUG